AUGGACCGGCUUACUGGCGGCGGCGCCAACGAAUACCCCCUUCCCCUCUUCAACGGCAAAGACGUGCCGCGCCUGUCGACACCACAGCCCAGCGGCCGCGACGAUUACCACGGCCGCCGGUCACGAUCGCCAAACCAUGUCCGCACAACAUCGGCCCAGAGCCGGAGCAUAGCAGAAGAGUACGCGUUUUUGACGCCGGCUGAGACGGCCCAGCGCCUCCAGACAUCACUCACCCACGGCCUGACGCCUGUUGAGGGCGUGGCCCGCCUGCGCGACGGCGCCAACGAGAUCCCCCACGACCCCCCCAGAGCCGUUUUCAAGGAGCCCCUGAUUAUUCUGCUGCUGAUCUCGGCCGGCGCGUCGGUGCUUGUCGGCAACACCAGUGACGCUAUCAGCAUUACGGUUGCCGUGACCAUUGUCGUGACGGUCGGCUUCGUCCAGGAGUACCGCUCGGAAAAGUCCAUUGAAGCCCUCAACCACCUCGUCCCCGACCACGCCCACCUUAUCCGCACCGCGACCAAAGACGCGACGCCCGGCGCCCGUCCCUCGCCCGUCGGCAACUGGCCCGGAUCGAGCACCGACGCCAAUGGCGACCCGCAGACGCCGUCCGACCCGCGCCUCCAGCUGUCCGACCUCGACACCGUCAGCGGCACCGUGACGCCAACCGAGGAGGUCAUCCAGGCCACGUCGACCAAGGUCCUCGCACAGCAGCUGGUGCCCGGCGAUUUGGUGCUGUUCACGACGGGCGACCGCAUCCCGGCCGACAUUCGCGUGACCAAGGCUGUCGACCUGACCAUUGAUGCGUCCAACCUGACGGGCGAGAACGAGCCCGUGCGCCUGACGUCCGACGUGCGCUCCCGCGUCAGCCUGCCCUUCUCGCCCGGCGUCCAUCCGAAGUCACCCGGCAACAGCCUUCCUCUGCCCUCGCCCAUUGGCAACGGCCCCGGCCCCAACCCCGGUGGCAGCCUCUCGGCCAGCGCCGACAGCCACCACAACGACAAGAACAUUGCGUACAUGGGCACGCUGGUCAAGUCGGGCCACGGCCAGGGCAUUGUCUUUGCGACGGGCGGCAACACGCACUUUGGCACCAUCUCGCUCAGUGUCUCGGGCACCGAGAGCCCGCGGUCGCCCCUGCAGCUGUCCAUGGACGACCUGGGCGCCCAGCUCAGCAAGUUCUCGUUUGUCGUCAUUGGUCUCAUCUCGCUGAUCGGCUGGCUGCAGGGCAAGGGCCUGCUCGACAUUUUCACAAUUUCCAUUUCGCUCGCCGUGGCCGCCAUUCCCGAGGGUCUGCCGAUUAUUGUCACGGUCACGCUGGCGCUGGGCGUGCACCGCAUGGCCAGCCGCAAUGCGAUUGUGCGCAAGAUGCCCAAGGUCGAGACGCUCGGGUCGGUCAAUGUGGUGUGCACGGACAAGACGGGCACGCUGACGAUGAACCACAUGACGGUCACGAAGCUGUGGUACUUUGGCCGCGCGGCGCCCGUCGAGGUGGACGCCGAGGAGGACGUCGCCGAGGCCAAGCCGGAUGCCGCGGCGACGCGCAUCCUGCGCAUCGGCAACAUUGCCAACAACGCGCGGCUGUCGCGCCGGUACCGCGAGAACGGCGCGGGCGCGCGUGCCGUGCUGUCGUCGACGCUCAACCAGGAGGACGGCCCGCUCUCUGUCAGCCGCUGGGUGGGCCAGCCGACCGAUGUGGCCGUCAUGGACCUCGUGGACCGCUACAAGGAGCACGACGUGCGCGACGCCAUUGGCCCGCGCGUGGUCGAGACGCCCUUCAGCUCGGAGCGCAAGUGGAUGGGCGUGACCAUUGGCAGCAGCAACAACAGCGAUGGCAGCAACAGCGGUGGCGGCAACAACAACAAUACGAAUAGCAGCAAGAACGACAAGGAGUUUGCGUACAUCAAGGGUGCGCUCGACCGCGUGCUGGAGGCCUGCGACACGUACGUGUCCGACGACGGUCGCGAGUUUGUGCUGGACGGCAAGCGCAAGCAGGAGGCGAUCGAGGAGGCCGACAAGCUGGCCUCGCAGGGCCUGCGUGUGAUUGCGUUUGCCAGCGGCCCCGUCAGCAAGUCGUCCAAGAGCCGGGCGGCGGCCGCCGCCGCCGCCGACAAGGACAAGAGCGGCCACCACCACGUCGUCUUCAGCGAUGAGCCGUACAAGGGCCUGACCUUUGCGGGCCUCGUGGGCAUGAGCGAUCCACCGCGGCCGGGCGUGGGCCGGUCCAUCCGCAAGCUGAUGCGAGGCGGCGUCAAGGUGAUUAUGAUUACGGGCGACGCGGAGACGACGGCGCUGGCCAUCGGCCACCAGCUGGGCAUGUCGAUUGCCCGACCGGUGGAGCACGCCGCGAACCAGGUGGCCGUGCACCCCGUGCUGCGCGGCGAGGACGUCGAGGCGCUCUCCGAAGAGGACCUGGCGCAGGCGAUGCAGCAGACGACCAUCUUUGCACGGACGAACCCGGACCACAAGAUGAAGAUCAUCCGGGCGCUGCAGGCGCGGGGCGACAUUGUGGCGAUGACGGGCGACGGCGUCAACGACGCGCCGGCGCUCAAGAAGGCGGACAUUGGUAUUGCCAUGGGCCGCCACGGCACCGACGUGGCCAAGGAGGCAGCCGACAUGAUCUUGACCGAUGACGACUUCUCGACGAUUCUGCAUGCGAUCGAGGAGGGCAAGGGCAUCUUCAACAACAUCCAAAACUUCUUGACGUUCCAGCUGAGCACGAGCGCGGCGGGCCUGUCGCUGGUGCUGCUGUGCACCUGCCUCGGCUUCAAGUCGCCGCUCAACGCCAUGCAGAUUCUCUGGAUCAGUGAGUCCCACACCCCGAGCGACCCAAGUAACCUGGCAACGAAUUGUGACUAA